UGGUGCAACGAUAAUCUGAAUCGAUUUUUUAGUAAGCUUGCUGGAGAAGAUCAAAAAAGGUGAACGCCAAUGCACCAAUCAUCAGGUGGAUGCUGAGAUCUAUAAAAAAGCGAAGGUGCUUUCGCGAUAAACAGCAUCUGUUGUGCGGCGAUCUUUUACAGGAAGACGGUCUUCGAGUACAAGAAGAAACUUCAAUGAGCAUGCUUUCGAUUUGAAUAGUGCAUGAAUGGUAGUAAAGCAUACUAAUUAACAAUAAGCCCAAGCCCCAGCCCAGUAUAAGGGAAGCAGUAGUGUGAAGUGUGUGGGAUCCGGCGGCAAAGAGUUCGUUCAACAAAGACUCUGCUCAGCGCACAUGAAGUAAGUGUAUUCAGCCUCGGAUACUGCGAGUUAACGCGGCGGGCCCAAUUCCGUGCAUUUCUGCGCAUUGAUGAAGCCGAAAGUGCAACAGCAAAAGUGAAUCGAGUCGGUAGUUUUUGCUUUUCUUCAGUCGACUGUUUUCCGUCGUCAGCGCUACUCAGCAUCUUCGCUGCCGUCGUCGUUGCGUUGUGGGGCCUUAGUGGGGUCUCGAAGCCAAAUGCCCGCGCGCUCAGUUGCUCGUUGGUAGACAGUGGGUUCAUUCCGGCAGUCGGUACCAGACCGUCUCACUUGGAGGAUCAGAAAAAAAAUCUUGCAUCGAGGGUAAACGUGAUUGAAAGUGAAGCUGUUUGCGCGCACAAAUUAACGGAGGAUUUUCGAGUGAUAGAAAAACUCUUUUAACCAGAGCCGUGUCGUCGAACGCGAAGCGUGGUGGAUUGAACCGAUCCGGUGGUGUUACUUUUGUUGAACAGAAGAAAGUGAUUUUAUUGCCAUUUGUUGGGCUACCCGCUGGAAGUGGUGUAUUGAAUUAGUGAGCAGUUCUUCGUCGGGCUGAUUGAUUGGAGGUGCCUCGUUAAGAGCGAUUUGGAAGUUGUGCGUGUCUUCGGUGGAUUUUUUUUACAUAAACGGAUACCGCGAAACGGAUAAACUUCGAAGGAGGAAAAAUUACCGAACCAGUAUGAGACUAUCAAUGAGCUUCAUCAGCAGCUUCAUGUUGCUGUGCGUAGCUGCCAGUCAUGCCCAAUCGGCUACGUUCAGUAACGCUCAUAGCUCAGAGGAACAUGAAAACGUCAAGGAUGCCACCGCAGCCGGAGCCGCAAACGUACCACAGUAUCGAUCCCGUCCAUCCUAUUCCGCCCAGUAUAGCUCCGAAGAGGAGGAGGAAGAACCCCAACAGGUGUACACUCGUCGUCAGCACAAUUCUCAGGACAAGAAGGGUAAAAAGGCUGCAUACUCCAGCGAAGAAGUCGAGGUCGAAGAGGAACCGGAUCGGUUGUCGCUUCUAUUGGAAAAGUCCGAUUUCCAUUGCACCGGUCGCACCACUGGAUACUAUGCCGAUGAAAGCCUCGGCUGCGAGGUGUUCCACUACUGCCAAGAAAACCAGAAGCACUCCUGGAUCUGUCCGGAAGGAUUCACAUUCCACCAGGUGCAUCUGAUCUGCAUGCCACCAUCCAAUGACAACAUCUGCGAGCAGUCAUCCAAGUAUCACUUCGUCAACGACUAUCUCUACAAGCCAAUCAACAUGGAAGAGCACAUGUCCAAACCUAAUGUCACUUUGAGAUACUCAGAGCGCUACUACCCGGAGAACUUCUACGUCGAUGAGCGUCACUACGACUACGACCGUCAACAGCGCGUCCACGAGGAACGUCGUCAGCCCGUGCAGCAGCAACCAAAACAACAACAAUAUCACGUACCUCAGCAGCAGAUUCGCAAGCAGCCAGCAUACGUUGGCUCGACUACUCCAAGUUAUCGGAUAGUUUCAACAGCCAGCAGCCCAACUCACCAGGGCUCGUUCCGCAAUCCGGAAGAAAUCAACAUCUCCCUUCAGCAGAGAAGGCCAAGCUACUCGCCGACCACUCAGCGUUACGACGAGGAGGACGAGUACGGUAGCUACGAGCGCAAGUAGGGCGCCACCAGUUUUGAGCAGUCACCAGUAUGGUCUAGUGGUACCUUUAAAAGGACAGUUUAUGUUUUGAAUAGUUGUUAAGUCAAACAAUUUAGUUGAUAAAAUGUCCGAGAAACCUAUAGUUGAAUUCUUUUGCCAUUGAAAGUGAAUUCUGGUUUCCGUUUUUCUUUUCUCGCUCAUCUGUAAAUCCCGUGCUCUUUAGCUUUCGCGGUGCUCUAACUUCGAUGCGGUGGGACGAGUACCUAAAUAGAAGAAACAUUUCAUAACAGAUCUUAUAAAACCUAUAAGAUUCCUUCAUGAGAUGCACCAUUGUUGUAACGUUCUUUUUAUUGCAGUUACAAAUAUGAUUAAUAAAAUUUUAACAUUAUUUAUUCGUAAAAUA